UUCACUAUAUCUAGUCUCCCACAGUACACAGAACAUGAAAAUGCAAUUAUUUUAGUAAAUAUAAACUGCUAAAUACCUUUUCUCAUCAGCAGUAUUCAGAGCACUGGUUAAAGCUUGUAGCAGGAGUUUUCUUUCUGCUGUAGGAGGAUGCAGAACCUCUGACCUCUGUCUGGACAGUGCUAAUUUGCCCUGUGCUGAUCACAUGCACUCUUCCAAGAAAAAAAAAAAACCUCUCUAGUAAUACACACCAAACUGAGCAUGUGCAGAGUGUCUCCACACGAUAUAUCUUAUCAGGAGAUAAGAGGGGGACACUGGAAGAAGGGGAGGAUCAGAGAAGUGAGGAGCAAACAGCAUUUCUACUCAAUGCAGAGGAUUAACCCCUUAGGUUCCACAGUGAGUAUAACAAGCAUGCUUUACUGCAUAUACAGACUGAUUUUAUUGUUGUGGGUUCAG